UAGCUCACAUAUAAUGAAAUUAUCUUUUUCUUUACUAAAAUUUCUCCUGGUCCUGGUGAUGUUACAUUCAUAGAUGAAAAUUUUUGUCAUUCUGUUUGUCAAAACCAAAAGAAAGUAGUAAACAUCAGAUAAGAACUCAAAAAGAAACACAGAAUAAGUGUUGGAAUAUGGAAGAAAAUAUGUCAGAUAAUGACACGGACAACAAAGAUGAAUGUGAUAACACACAACUUAAUAGAAAUAGAAAUUCAAAACGUAUAAAAAUUCAAUUUAGUCUCAACUCUGGUGAAGGGACAUCUAAUACUACUGACCAAGACAACGCUGCCAGUGCAAGUACUAGUAACGUAGAUAACUCCCCAACUCAUAGAGCAAGAGUUAAAAGUUACAGAACCAGAAACUAUCGGAAUUCCAAUAGGGAAGAUUCCAGUGCAAGUGCCAAUGAAAGCGAAGAUGAGGCUGCUGUAUCAGAAGAUGAAAAUAAUACUGAAUCAAAUUUGUCUUUUGUGGACUAUUCUUCAAGUCCUGAAAGUACAUCAACUGUGAUUCGGGAAACAGAUACAGACUCGGAAACAGAAGAACCAUCUGUUUUGAAGAAGACUAAACCAAAACAUACAUGGUAUGUAGUGCCUGAAGUUAUUAAACGCCAGCUGGGCUACAGUUCAAAAUUACACAGCGCUGAAUUAUUCAGAAAUCAGUGCUACGGUUCCUUGCACAGUGUUCAACGCUUAGAACUGAUGUAUAAAUUAGAAGAACAUUCUGGCUGUGUCAAUAGCUUAAAUUUCUAUCCAGAUGGCUCUCUCUUAGCUAGUGGUUCCGAUGAUUUGAACGUCGUCGUCUGGGAUUGGAAAGUAGGGAAAUGUCUUUUGAAAUAUCUUACCAAGCAUAGAUCAAACGUCUUCCAAAGCAAAUUUUUACAUUUGUGUGGUGACCUACAUAUUGCCACAUGCUCAAGAGAUGGACAGGUUAGAAUAGCUCGGUUAUCAAAAGAGGGAGGAGUCAGGGAAAAUAGAAAAAUAGGAAGUCAUAAGUCGGCAUGUCAUAAGUUGGCAGUGUUGCCAGAUCAACCGCAUGUCAUUUUAAGUGCAGGCGAAGAUGGUUUCGUACUCAGUCACGAUGUUAGAAAGACUAAAUCAGAUCAAAUUACCUCUGUGAAAAUGGACGGCAAAAUAGUACCGUUGUAUAGUAUCCAUGGACAUCCUCUGAGAACACACGAAUUUUGUGUAGGAGGGCAGGAUAUUAGAGUUAGGGUUUACGAUCAAAGGAAACCAGCUACUCCUCUUCAUAUCUAUAAUCCCUUCAAAACGGCUGAGCCAACUACCUACCGUAGUCUUCACAUCACGUCAGCUCAAUAUAAUUACAAUGGAGAAGAAAUAUUAGCGUCUUAUAACGAUGGAGAUAUUUAUUUAUUCAAUGCAGACAGUUUAGAAAACGAAUAUGUACAUAAAUAUGAAGGACAUAAAAACGGUGCUACAAUAAAAGGAGUGAACUUCUUCGGUCCGAAAUCGGAAUUUAUUGUUAGCGGUUCCGAUUGUGGAAAUAUAUUUUUCUGGGAAAAGAACACCGAAGCUAUCGUGCAGUGCAUGCUUGGAGAUGACAGUGGCGUUGUGAACUGUUUGGAGCCUCAUCCUAAACUUCCGUAUAUAUGUACAAGUGGAUUAGAUUGGGAUGUUAAAGUUUGGGUGCCUUCGUGUGAAACCGAACCGUCUUUAGAUAAAUUGCCGGAAAUCAUCAAAUUAAACAAGAAAAGCAGAUUUUCGAGCAUAGGUGUGGCCUCAGAUGCUCCCGUCCUAUGGAUGUUAUGGCAACAUCUCAGAAGAAGCAGCAGGACACUUAGGAGAGAAUUAAGAGAGAUGAAUUUCGGGUCAGAUGACCUGGGCAUGAGCAGUGGCAGCGGUAGUGAUGAUAUGAACGAUGAUAAUGAUGAAGGAGGCAUGAAUGAGUCCAAUGAAGAAGAGAAUGAUGAUGAUGAUGAAGAUGAACGAUCAAUCGAUUUUACAUCUGAGUGUACAACUUCGUAAUUAUAUUACUGAGAAGAAAAUCAAAUCUAUUGUUUGAAGGUUUACGAAGUCUUUUUUUUUUUUGAUUACUUAGUGUAUUCACGUUAUUCAUAGUUUGUGAAGAAAUCCUGUUGAUAUUUUAUUUAAUAAAUAUUAAUAAAUAAUA